CCCCUCCUCCUCCUCCUCCUCGCAGGCUGUGGUUCUGUGUUUCUGGAGUCCGGAGCCCGAGCUAAACAAAAGCAGGAGCUGGCGGGGCCGCCGGAGUUUGCGGAGCCGGAGGAGGAGCGAGCGGCGCGGUGCCCGCCGCGGCGGGGGGCUGUGGCUCGGCUCGCCCACCCCUCCGCGAUCGCCGGCCGGUGGGGCGGGGGCCGCGGGCGGGGGAAAGUUUGCUCGCAAACCCCCUGCCUGGUUCUGCCUCCUCCCGAUCCCUGCCUGUUUGCAAAGGGAUUAAGCCGGCGAUCCGAGCGCGGAGCCUUCCCUGCCUCGGCGGAGCCGGACGGAGCGCCCUGAGCCGGCUCUGAUUGCCCCCGUCCAGCGGGAAGGUGGUUUAUUUUCCUUGCUCUUCGGAGUCGACACCCUCCCCGGCAGCCCUCCCUCCCCCUCCCCCCGCAGCCCCUCCGCGCCCCCGCCCCCUCCGCUCGCCGUCCUCCCGCCGCCCUGCCCGGGGCGGCAGAGGGAUUUUUCUUUUGGUCUCUUCCCCUGCCCUGCUUAUCCUGAAAGGGCUUCGGAGGCCGCCGGCCGGACCGCAGCCGGAGCUUCCCGGGAGCGCGCGCAGGAGCCGGGCCGGCCGGGCGGCGCGGCGCGGAGAUGGACGAGCAGCCCAGGCUGAUGCACGCCCACGCGGGGGUCGGCAUGGCCGGGCACCCCGGCCUGUCCCAGCACUUGCAGGACGGGGCCGCGGGCGCCGAGGGGGAGGGCGGCAGGAAGCAGGACAUCGGGGACAUCCUCCAGCAGAUCAUGACCAUCACCGACCAGAGUUUGGACGAGGCGCAGGCCAGAAAACACGCGUUAAACUGCCACCGAAUGAAGCCGGCCCUGUUUAACGUGCUGUGUGAGAUCAAGGAGAAGACAGUUCUGAGCAUCCGGGGCGCCCAGGAGGAGGAGCCCACAGACCCCCAGCUGAUGCGCCUGGACAACAUGCUGCUGGCGGAGGGCGUGGCGGGCCCCGAGAAGGGGGGUGGCUCGGCGGCAGCGGCCGCGGCCGCGGCGGCCUCCGGAGGGGCCGGCUCCGACAACUCGGUGGAGCACUCGGACUACAGAGCCAAGCUGUCCCAGAUCAGACAGAUCUACCACACGGAGCUGGAGAAGUACGAGCAGGCCUGCAACGAGUUCACCACCCACGUGAUGAACCUGCUGCGCGAGCAGAGCCGGACCAGACCCAUCUCCCCGAAGGAGAUCGAGCGGAUGGUGAGCAUCAUCCACCGCAAGUUCAGCUCCAUCCAGAUGCAGCUCAAGCAGAGCACGUGCGAGGCCGUCAUGAUCCUGCGCUCCCGCUUCCUGGACGCGCGGCGGAAGAGACGGAAUUUCAACAAGCAGGCGACGGAAAUCCUGAAUGAGUAUUUCUAUUCCCAUCUCAGCAACCCUUACCCCAGCGAGGAAGCCAAAGAGGAGCUGGCCAAGAAGUGCGGCAUCACCGUGUCCCAGGUAUCAAACUGGUUUGGAAAUAAGCGAAUCCGGUACAAGAAGAACAUAGGUAAAUUUCAAGAGGAAGCCAAUAUUUAUGCUGCCAAAACGGCUGUCACUGCCACCAAUGUGUCAGCCCACGGAAGCCAGGCUAACUCACCCUCAACUCCCAACUCGGCCGGUUCUUCCAGCUCUUUUAACAUGUCAAACUCUGGAGAUUUGUUCAUGAGCGUGCAGUCACUCAAUGGGGAUUCUUACCAAGGGGCCCAGGUUGGAGCCAACGUGCAGUCACAGGUGGAUACCCUUCGCCAUGUUAUCAGCCAGACAGGAGGAUACAGUGACGGACUGGCGGCCAGUCAGAUGUACAGUCCCCAGGGCAUCAGUGCUAAUGGAGGUUGGCAGGAUGCGACUACCCCCUCAUCAGUGACGUCCCCUACAGAAGGCCCUGGCAGCGUCCACUCCGACACCUCCAACUGACCUCCCCACACGCCAUCCCCGCUGCCCUGCGCCCGGAGGGCGGGGCCGGAGGGAGUCUCCCACGCUGAAGCGGUCAGACCGGAGGCGCAGCGAUCAGCAGCCACCACGAGCUCCUCUCUCUCCUCCCGGGAUGCCCCUCCGGCCAAUCCGGACACUUCUUUAUACUCUGUCCCCUUUUCUGGGUAGAAGCCAGCCUUCCAGCCAGCAGCGUCAGCCUGUGCCCUCACCACCCCCCCUGCCCUCCACUCCCUGGGCCCUGCCCUCUACAUGUCACUGAAGGGUACUUUCAACCAUUAGAGGGAUUUCAAGAGAAAAAAUGCAAAGAAAACAAUAAAAGCAUUUGUAUGUUUUCACUCUGGUGGUAUGAGGAGCCACGUUACCUCAUGGAGCCCAUGCCCAGCACCCUGUCUCCCUCACUCACUACCUCUGGCAGGAACCACCCGCUGCCUCCCUCCCGGCUCCCCUGGGUCCUGCCACAGCCAGCUCUGAGGGUGCUCUGUCCUGGGUUCAGCUCCGCCAGGUCGAUGCCAGGCAGGCAGUCAGUGCAGGAGGGGUACAGCCUGAGAGGCAGCAUCCCGGCUGCUCGUUGUCCUCGGACAGCUCCUGGUUCAGAGUCAGAUGUGGGGGCAGGACGCUGGAAGCCAGGUGUGGGUCAGCACAGUGCCAAAUCAUCACAGAGGAAGGCAGUUCUCUCCUGAGCCCUCCCCACACAUGCAUGUGUGCACAUACCUGUAGGCACAUGCACCACCCCAUGAUCAGCCACAUGUCUCAUACAGAUGCCUACAUUAGCAACCAUGUCAUCCUCCUUGUGAGCCCAGGAGAGGAACUCUGUGAAGGACACAGGCCAGCAGCCCACAUGGUCUAGGACCGGGGGCCCCAGCAUGCACCCACAUGCACACACACACAUGCACCCAGGCACGCAUGCAUGCAUGCCAGAACCACCCCCACAGGGCAGGCCGGCUCCCAGGGUCCUGCUCUGCUGGCUCCACCUGAGCCAGAGGUGCGGGCACUUGUGCAAUGGAGUGCUCUGUCCUGUUUUGUCCGGGCGCCGGAGACAUGUCGUGACCUGUCCAGUUCUGUGUGCUGCAUCUGGGUCUGGAGGACGCGGUGGCGUGAGCGCUUGGCUUGUUACCUGUGUGCUGGCUUGUCCAGGACCUGUGAGUGACAGAGACGGAGGUCACGGUCUCCCAUGGGCAUGCCCAGAGAGACGCGCAGGGAAGCUGUUCCAUGUGGCUUGUCGAGGGCGCGGUGCGCGGUGCUCGGCUCUCGGGGCCUCGCUCCCGGAUCUGUGAUGGGCAGACGGUUUGGCCGGGCUUGUGGGACAGGACGUGGGGUCCUUGUCCCUGAGAUGCAGGCGAGGUCGGGAGCAGCGUCUGAGAGAAAUGCUCAGGUCAGGCGGGCACGGCUUUCCGGUCUAAGAUCUGUCACAUGGGACCUGCCGUCACCGCCACCGUGAUGGCAAAGGGAGGGGUCGUGGCUGUUGCUUGUUUGGUUGUUCUGGUCUGUUCGGUUUCUUAGAAUAGCGAUAACCUCCCAAACCAGAAACACCGGGCCUGGCUCUCAGCUGGUGCUUGAAUCUAAGGUGGGCCUUGGCGCGGCCCAGGCCCCACUGACCACCAGCUGGAGGUGUGGCCCUGCGGGCAGCUCUGCGUGACGCGGCCCAGUGGGCAGAAACGCUCCCGCAUGGCCACUGGGCAUGUGUGUUGGAGGGGAGAACACAUGGUGCUGGGAUUGUGUGAUGAGGAGCAUGAGAAAGCCACGUUGGGCCCGGGCCCCUAAGCCGUCACCAGGUCGGGCUCCACGCAGGGUGCCGAGGCAGGGACGCGGACGCAGGCCGGGAAUACCAGGAGCACCUCGCAGACGCCUGGCCUGGGGUGCAGGUUCUCCUGGAGCCGCAGGAAGGCGGGUUUGGGUGGCAGGGUUUCCAUUUUGGGUCAGCAGAAAGGGGAGCAGAGCGUGGCACCCGCCCCGUGGCAGCGCACUCACUGUACCGUCCCCUCCCUCCCCGGCCACGCUCACAUCCAGUGUGGCUCCAUGUAGGCUCUCAUGUUCAGUGAAAUGUGAGGAGAGUGGUGGGCACUGGGCCUGUGGCAGCAGUGCCCUGGGGGCUCCUCCUUCAAUCCCAUCUCCCUCCCCCCCAUGUGCUGGGGACAUGGGAGCCAGUGUCCUGGCCGCGGCGUCCCCUGGGAUUUGCCCCCUGUAACGGCUCAUCGCCCCCUUGCCGACCCUCCUCCCUGGGUGGGGUGGACCCCGCACACGCUUCUCCCUGGUGGCACCUUCGUGACAUGGUUUUAUUUGGCUGCUGGUUGCCUUUUCUCUCCCUUCCCCACCCCCCUUUCCUUCGGAGUUUUAUUUUUCUGCCCAGAAAAACCUGACUUCGAUACCAAAAAAAAAGAUAAAACUACAGAAACUCAAAUUUAAAGAAAACUUUUUAAAAAGAUACUCAACAAUCCUCUCAGCUUUAUUAACAUUUUCCAUUGUUUCUUGCGACUCGUGUCUUGUUCUUUGUAGUACUGAUGACGAACAUUUGAUAAUGAAUGUUCUUGUAUAUUCAGAUAAAGGGAAAAAAAAAACCAAAAACGCGGUCUGGAUUUAAAAGUGUUUAUAAUAAAGGUUUUAAAAAUGACCCUCGCAGCACGAAAAGCAGGACGGGGUCGCCUCCGCGCCCACGCCCUCAUCGCCACGUUUGUUUCCACACGGAACGACCCCCAUUGGCCACGCCCCCAUUGCUUUUCUUUUCCUGCAUUUGUGGAUUAGUUCAAGAAUGCUAGACAAGUGUCGAGUUGUGCACACCCAUUUCCUGUUCCACGAUGUUUAAAGUGACCGUAAUUCAUUUUGUAAACUAAAAAAAAGGAAAAAAAGGAAAAAAAAAAAGUUGGGAUAGUGAGCAUCAUAGAGGUACAACCUAACACAUUAUUAUGUUUCUUAACUUUGAGACCCAGAAAUGAAUUCUUUUCCCCCCUUUAUUCUUGAAAAUAUAACAACAACAAAAAAGGAUGAUGCUUUGUUUUGUGUUAUUUUUGGUUUGUUAAUGGGGUGCUUUUUUUAAUCGUCAGGACUGUGGUCUUGCUGUGUUUAUUCCUCACACAUGUACCAAGGCGAUGUGAAAGGCGGCAGCCGCGCUGAGGCUGUUUCUCGCUGCUUCGGUUUUGUCUGAGAAUCGAGCUGGCGUCACGGAUCAGGCCCCGGUGGGCGCCUGGUGGCUCCCUGCGCCCCCCUGCGCCCGGAGUGUGUGCACCGGCCAGCUCUGAGGAAGGUCAGGGCUCCGUUCUCCUCCCUUGCCUUGAAAGGAGCAGUUCUUGCCUUAUUGUGUGAGUGCCAAGGAGCGGCUCUCUUUCCUUCACCCUGAGGAGGGAGCUGGGGUGGCCAGGAUGCCUCCUCCCGCAGAAGCUUCCCGGCUGCUGGGAUGGCACUGGCUGGGCACCGGGAUGGGCUGGGGGCCCUAAUUUGGGUCAGGGUCCCGGGUGUUAUUCUCACACAGCCUUCUGGGUGCUGUUAUUGGUCCGGAGAAAAGAGGCGGUGACACCAGGAAGGAGCUCUCUUUUCACCUCUGUCAUUUAACAAAGGCCCGAGGGUCCGAGAGCAGCCAGCACCCAGGCCUCUCGGCUCUCCUCGAGGACUGGAGAAGCAGCCGGCAGCGGCGCUUUCUUAUGGUUCCACCCAAACCGCCCGCUUCUUUGAAGUCACAGCCGAACAGCAGCACGCUUUUCACAUCGCCUUGAUGGUUUCGAUCCCUCGCGCAAAGCUUUCUGGAAUCUUAUUUUUUGUAACCUCUUUGUUUUGUUUUGUUUUGUUUUGCCUUUUGUUAAAAUAAGUGAAACAUUCAACGUUUUCCCCUUUUCUCGCUUACUCCUCCCCUUCCCCUGGGCGCUUCCAGUUAUUUUGAAGUGUUCCCCUCGGCCGCUGGUUUAUCUCUGCUCCCUCCCUGCUCUUAUACUCAGAGUGUAACCCUGAAGCUCUGCCCUGUUUGGUUUGAAAGUUAAGCUUUUCUGCUUCUGCGAGCACCGGCUUCGUUCCUUUGAUCGACGGAAGCUCUGUGUUCUCAAUGAUGAUACUAACACGGUGUAGAUUUUACAGUCUCCUAAUUUGUACUGGUAAUGCAUAUUCCAAAUAAAUAGUUUCUUUUGUUGCAAAAAA